AUGUCUGCUUUUGGGAGAGAAGGCACGGCCAUGCUCGAAACUUAUGACGGCUCGACAUGUGGCGGAGCCGUGCCCCCAAAGGAUUGGCAGCUCAUAUAUGCCAAUCGACACCGGUUCUCCGUCGACAAGCAGACGGAGACCCAGGGCCGAGACACUCCUCGCACGCCCGAAGCGCUCUCAUUCUCGACAUUACCGAACUCCCAUCGUGAAUCGAUAUUUGGCUAUCCACACGUCCACUACAGCGGCUUCGUAUCACAGCGAAGGCAUUUCGACGACAUUUUGGAGCGUACCGAACCGGUGACGCUGCCAGUGAAUACUAGUACAGCUCCCAUGUUGGCAGAAGCCGGUGAGCACGGCUUCCGUGCGCUUUCCGAUGGUACUGACACGGGGGACUGGCGGGAAGCCGAGGGUUACGCGCUUCUCAUCUCCAUGUCUACAUUCGAGCGGGAAAGCACAGUCCUUCUUGGAACCUACGACGGGUCAACGUGCGGCGAAGCUGUGCUCCCAAAUGAUUGGCAGCUCACAUACGCCAAUCGACGCAGAUUCUCCGUCGACAUGCACACGGAGCACACGGAGAGCCAAGGACAAGAAACUCCUCGCACGCCCGAAACGGCCUCAUUUCCGACGUCGAACUCUCCUCGUGAGGGGACAAUGUUCAACUAUCCAGACAUCUACCACAGCAACUUUGCGUCACCGCAUUUUCACCUCGAUGACGUUUCUGAGUGUACCCAGCCAGUGACGCUCCUACUGAACUCCAGUACAGUCCCUGUGAUGGUAGAAGCCGGUGAGUACGGCUUCCGUGCGCUUUCCGAUGGUAACAACAUGGGUGACUGGCGUGCUACUUGGGAAGGCGAGGGUUUCAGCCGCUCACAUGCGGCCGAAUGGGAGAAGACGGCAAACGGCCAGCCCUUGGUACUUGAUGGGACCUCUUUCUUGUAUCCCGGCCACUCAACAGCCGCUCGCUCGGUGCGGGAGGAGAGUCUAGGGCCCUUUGUGGAACGGGAUGCGUCCGUGCCAAAUCAACCAUCAUCGUCCGACCAGUGGAAGGCCAAUCCGCUACGUCAGCCUACUCCGCCAGCUGGGGUCUCCGAGCACCGGACUAUGCGCAUCCGCCCCACAUCAUUCGAGUUCAUUAUUGAGCAGGAGGGCUCGUCACAGGCAAUGAACUAUGCCACUCGUCCUCAGGAACUACGUCCUCCAUGGAAUGGCGACGCGGUGUCCUCGAGUGCUGUCUCAACGACGUGUCCCAGCAGCCUCCCAACGGCGUCUUCCGACGACCCAUCGGCGCCUUCCAGCAACCUCUCAACGACACCGUCCAGCGACCUCCCACCAGCAUCGUCCAGCAACCUCCCGACAGCAUCGUCCAGCGACCUCUCAAUGGACUCGUUGAUGAGCCCUUAG